UGCUCAUGAUCUCUACUCACAGACCCACAGCUCUGUGCUUUUAUUACACCCUCUGCUUGUUUAUGUGCAGCCGCUGAACGGUAGAGUCUUCAUUUGAGCAGAGGCAAAUGUGGCUUUAGUGGAACAAAGCGCAUAGUAAAUAACUAGAAACCCAUUGAGUGAUCACACGAAGCGUCCAUUCUUUCUCUCACAGUAACUUUUCCCUAGUAACCAGGCGGCGACGUGACCAGAAAACGAACGGCGGCCAGGCUGCAUCCCAGGGGGGCUGUGCGGGGAGCGGACUGCUGUUAACACCGUGUGAAUCCCAAUUGUCCUACAGUGUCAGUUAAUGUUACACAGAAAUUACAGACUUGUGUACUUUCGACUGGAAGCCGGAGUGCGUGACGUCCUUCGCGUUCGGCGCGGGUUGGAUUCAGGAUGACCGCGAUCAAAAUGAGGGCAGUGGCUCCUGCUGCCCAGGGGAAGUCUCGCCCUCUUUUCCUGGAGGUGCUGUGUCGAAGUCUGAUCAUUCUUUGUGUGGCUCUCUCUGUUGUCCUGUCCUCUGUCGCAGUGUGUGAUGGACACUGGCUGUUGUCUGACCGACGUAUGUUUGGCCUUUGGUUCUUCUGUGUGGUGGAGGACUCUGGCGCGGCCCCCAACUGCAGUAGGCAUAUUGGGGAGGGUCUGGACCCGGGACUGUGUGUGUGUCGUUCUGUUGUCUCUCUGGCUGUGGUGAGUGCCAUCUUUGGCCUGGAGCUGCUGGUGAUGUCCCAGGUGAGCGAGGGGCGGGCAUCUAGCCAGCGCUGGCAUCUGGGAGCAUGGCUUGUGCUGCUGGCUGCAGGGUUCGCUGCUGGGGGGGUUGCGACCUUUGUGUUCCUGUUUUGGGAUCAUGCUACACCUCUGGGCUUCACUCUCACCUUCUGGUGCCAGUUCACUGCAACCUUCCUGUUCUUCCUCAAUGGCUUGGCAGCACGGCAUAUCCAGAAUAUGGCAGAACUGCUUCCCUCUAGUGGUCAUUUGGGAGGAAAACUGUAGGCAUCAGCCUCUCUGGAUUCAACACUCUGUGGUGCUGUACAACCGCCACAGAGCAGAAUUAAGAGGAUAUACUAUGAUGCUAUUUCUUGGGUUAUUGAGCCAAAUGGUUCCAUUUAAAGAACUGUACAUAAUCACAAUGGCUAGGCAAUGAAUAAAUAAUCCAGGUAGUUUAUUCAGUCUUGUUAAUUCAAAUCUUUUUCUCAAUAAAGACAUUUUAUUUUCACAAUUUCA